AUGACGCCGGAGGAGAAGUACGAGCUCAUCACACGGAACCUGCAGGAGGUACUGGGCGAGCAGGACAUCAGAAAGAUCCUCCAGGAGCGAGAUCUCGUCAUGUACUGGGGAACAGCACCCACGGGCAAGCCCCAUAUCGGCUACUUUGUGGCCCUAACGAAGAUUGCCGACUUCUUGAAGGCUGGGUGCAAGGUCAAGGUGCUCUUUGCAGAUCUGCAUGCGUACCUCGACAAUCAAAAAGCACCUUGGGAGUUGCUCAAGUACAGGACGCAGUACUAUUCUAGCACCAUCAAGGCUACCUUGACUUCUCUGGGCAUCAACAUUGCCCAGUUAGAAUUUGUUCAAGGCACAGACUACCAGCUUUCGCAGAAAUACACAUUGGAUGUGUACAGGCUAUCAGCACUCGUCUCCCAGCAUGAUUUCAAAAAAGCUGGUGCAGAGGUUGUCAAGCAAACAGAUCAUCCUCCCUUGUCUGGAUUAUUGUAUCCUGGUCUACAAGCUCUAGAUGAAGAGUACCUCGGCGUCGAUGCGCAAUUCGGCGGUGUUGACCAGCGCAAGAUUUUCACUUUUGCUCAAGAAAACUUGCCUGCCCUGGGUUAUGCCAAACGCGCACAUCUCAUGAAUCCCAUGAUGCCCGGACUCAUGGGUUCUAAAAUGUCUUCAUCAGAUCCAGACAGCAAGAUUGAUUUGUUGGAUGAUGCAAAAUCAGUGGAAAAGAAGAUCAAAAAGGCCUUUUGCGAGGAAGGCAAUAUCACUGAAAAUGGUCUACUUGCCUUUGUCAAGUCUGUGGUGUUUCCCUUUCAGUCACUCAAUGGUCAGCCUAGCAUGACAUUCCCACGGAAAGCAGAGUUUGGCGGCGAUGUCACAUUUACAGAGUAUGCAAAACUAGAAAGUGCCUUUGCCGACAAGUCAUUGCACCCGGGUGAUCUCAAAAAGGGUGUGGCUGCGGCCAUCAACAGUCUGCUGGAACCAAUCAGACAAACUUGGCAUGCGAAUCCAGAGUUGGCAGAGCUCACAGAUCGUGCCUACCCGACUGCCAGCGCAGCAGCUCCUAAACCAACAAAGGAAGCGAAAAAGAAGGACAUUUCACGGAUUGAGUUGCGUGUUGGUGAAAUUACAGAAGUCAAGAAGCAUCCAGAAGCGGAUACACUCUACGUCGAGACAAUUUCAUUUGGCGAUGUCAUGCCAUCUCGUACGGUUGUGUCUGGUCUUGCCAAUCAUUUCACAUUGGAGGAGAUGCAAGGAAGACGAUUGAUUGCCAUUUGCAACCUGAAACCAUCCAAGUUGCGAGGUGUUACCAGUGAAGCCAUGGUGUUGUGUGCCGCUGACAAGGAAGCGGAUGUUGUUGAGUUCGUGGAGCCACCUGCAGAUGCCGCCCUUGGUACGCUGGUGAAGGUUGAAGGCUUCGAAGGCACACAUGAUGAGAAGAAUACAAAAGUCUGGUCAGAGGUCGUUGCUGAGCUCAAGACAAACGACGACAAGGUGGCGACGUACAAGGGCGUGCCGUUGAUGGUGGACGGCAAGGCAUUGACUGCCAAGACGCUAUGCAAUGUGCCACUUUCAUAG